AUGCGCACUGCCCCGCACCUUGGUGGUGGUGCUCGCCCACAGACGAGCCGCCUCCCCCCGUUCACCGGUGUCUCCCCGCGUGUCUCGGCCCGCGACGCUGCGGCGCACCGCGGCGAGUACGUCUCCGUUGUGCUGAAGCCGACUGCACUCAACCCGCAACGCGGCUCGCUCGAGGCGCUCUGCAUCGCAACAGAGGAACCGGUGGAGGUUAUGGGGCUUCCGGCAGGCGCGGAGGUGGCGCAGGUAAACGAGUUUGUAUGCUAUGUGAACCCUAGCAACGGGGAGCUGGAGUACUUCCAGCACGGCACAUACAACGACGAGUACGACGUGGAGACGUACCGCAAGCUUCUGGGUCUCUGCGCAAAGUUCCCAGAGAUUUUUUAA